AUGCGUUUUGGCAAGAAGCUGCGGAACACGGCCUAUCCGAAAUGGAAGGGCCAGUACAUGGACUAUGCAAAGCUGAAGGCCAUGCUACGUGAGAACGAAGAGGACGACUCGAAAUGGACGGAAACCGACGAGAACAAAUUCUGCGACGAGAUUCUGAACGUGCAACUCGAGAAAGUCGCUGCCUUCCAGCAGGAGACUUUCAAGAGUCUCGAGCAACGAGCCAAUGCCUGCGCGGACAAGCUGAAGGAUUUAGUUCCUGAGGACGGCAAGGCGAAGGGCGACAUUACGACCGGCCGAUUCAAGGAGAUUGAGACCGAGCUGGACGAGAUAAUCAAUGAGACGAAGGAGCUGAAGAAGUAUAGUAAUAUCAAUUAUACUGCGUUCUUAAAGAUCGUCAAGAAGCAUGAUCGGAAGAGGGGCAAUAAUUACAAGAUUCGACCGAUGAUGCUGAUGAGCCUGUCCAAGAGACCAUUUAAUACCGAGUCUGGAUAUUCGCCGUUGUUGAAUAAGCUGUCAAUCAUGUAUUAUGCAGUGAGACAGCAGCUGGAUGAGACGGAGGCUACGCCGGCAACUUCGGCGUCAGAGGCCCAAUCGCAGAUACAGAAUGGGGAGAGGUACACUGCCUACAAGUUCUGGGUGCACCCUGAUAAUCUCCUCGAGGUCAAGACCUAUAUCCUCCGACGACUUCCAGUCCUGGUGUACAGUGAACAAUCUGCGAAGGAUCUUGAGAACCAAGGCGACCCAACGCUCAACUCGCUCUACUUCGAUAAUCCAGAGUUCUCUCUGUACAACCAAAAGGUCGACCGUCAAGUCGAUGCCUCGUCACUUCGAAUCCGCUGGUUUGGACAGUUCAAAUCUGGCCCCGAAUUUGUUAUUGAGAAGAAGAUGAUUCACGAAAAUGGAACCAGCGAGGAGCGGAAGUUUGCGAUCAAGGAGAAAUACAUACAAGCGUUCAUCAGGGGAGAGUACAAGAUGGAGAAGGCCGUUGCGAAAAUGGAACGCCAGGGGCAGCCAGCAGCCAAGAUUCAAGAGUUCAAGGAUACUGUUGUGGAUAUUCAGAAAUUCAUUAUCGAAAAAGAGUUGCAGCCAGUACUCCGAGCCAACUACACUCGAACGGCUUUCCAGAAGCCUCUGGAUGACAAGGUCAGGAUAUCGAUCGACACGUGCCUGGCUUUCAUCAGAGAGGAUGCUAUCGAUCCAGACCGGCCAUGUAGGAAUCCCGAGAAUUGGCACAGACUUGACAUCGACGAGGGAGCUAUGACUUACCCAUUCACAAAUGUCAACAAGGGUGAGAUCUCGAGGUUUCCAUAUUCUAUCCUGGAGAUCAAGGUCAAGGAGGAGGUCGCUAAGAAGCAUCCCCAAUGGGUUGAGGAUCUGAUGGCAUCCCAUCUCGUACAUAAGGCACCUCGAUUCUCAAAGUUUGUUCACGGAGUGGCAUCAUUAUUCGAAGAUAAUGUCAACAAUCUUCCUUUCUGGCUCAGUGAACUCGAAACGGACAUUCGAAGAGAUCCUCAAGCUGCCUUUGAGGAAGAAGAAGAAAGGAAGGCGAAGAGAAGAGAGAAUGAGCAGGUGGUCGGCAGCUUGCUCGGAGCUACACCCAAGGCAUCAUCUAGCUUCAGAGCUGCUGUUAGUUCACCACUAGGCAAAUCCUACAUGGCAGAGCGCAUGGCCGCUGAGGAGAGAGCUGGUAAAAGGUCCGACUUCAGCAGCAGGAGUAAGUCUCAGAACGACAACAGCAUCGGCGAGGAGGGCGAGGAUGAAGAAGGAGAGUCUAGUAAUGCAGGUGCUUAUGGUACCAUGUCCUCUAUCUUCCCCUCUUUCUCGCUCUCGCGAUACGCCCAGUCACGACGAGAGCGGAACGUCAUCCUCCCGCCUGGGGUGACGAAACCCAAACAAUUGAUCAAAGAUUCCGGACCCUUGCAAGUCGAACCCAAGGUCUGGCUCGCCAACGAGAGAACCUUCCUCAAAUGGCAACAUAUCUGUGUCCUCCUUGGAGUCCUAGCUGUCUCUCUGUAUAACACAGCCGGCAAGAACAGGGUUGCCGAGAUAUUUGGAUUCAUUUAUUUGGCCAUUGCAAUCUUUGCCGGUAUCUGGGGCACUGUGAUGCACCGAGUUCGACGGAAUAUGAUUGUAGAGAGAAGUGGCAAGGAUUUCGAUAACAUGAUUGGACCUAUGGUGGUCAGCUUUGCCUUGAUGAUGUCCCUCAUUUUGAACUUCUACUUCCAGUAUCAUGCUGCAAUGGAGAGGUUGAAUGAGCCUGUGCAUGGAAAUGUUACUAUUACGACCGCGGCACCGCUAAGAACGGAUGUGAAGAUUGAGUUGUUAUAA